CGCACUGGGCUGGGCGGAAGUGAGAGCGGCGCGUGGGCGGGCGGCCCGGGGAGCGCCGCCGCCGCCCCGCCGCGAUGCUGCCCCUCUCCAUCAAGGACGAUGAGUACAAGCCGCCUAAGUUCAACCUACUCAGGAAGGUGUCGGGAUGGUUCAGGUCCAUCCUGGCUGACAAGACCUCCCGCAACCUCUUCUUCUUCCUCUGCCUCAACCUCUCCUUCGCCUUCGUGGAGCUGCUCUACGGCAUCUGGAGUAACAGUUUAGGUCUAAUAUCAGAUUCUUUUCAUAUGUUUUUUGACUGUACUGCUCUAUUGGCUGGAUUGGCAGCUUCGGUUAUUUCAAAAUGGAGGUCAAACGAUGCUUUCUCAUAUGGGUAUGUUCGAGCAGAAGUGCUUGCUGGUUUUGUGAACGGUUUAUUCCUCAUCUUUACAGCAUUUUUCAUUUUUUCUGAAGGUGUUGAGAGAGCGCUUGAACCUCCUGAUGUGCAUCAUGAGAGACUUCUUCCUGUUUCUAUACUAGGAUUCAUUGUAAAUCUUAUAGGAAUAUUUGUUUUUCAACAUGGAGGUCAUGGGCAUUCACAUGGCUCUGGGCAUGAACACAGCCAUUCUCUAUUUAAUGGUGGUCUCAGCCAUGGUCACAGUCACGGAGGUCAUGGUCACAGCCAUGAACAUAAACAUGGUCACGGCCACACUCACGAUCAUGGCCAUGGCCACUCUCAUGGUCAAAGUUAUUGUCAUGAUGAUCACUCUCUUGAAAGGAUGGCUGGAUCCAGCAAACAGAUAUUACAAGGUGUAUUUCUACACAUCGUUGCAGACACGCUUGGAAGUAUUGGUGUAAUCAUAUCUGCUUUAUUAAUGCAGAACUAUGGUCUAAUGAUAGCAGAUCCUAUUUGUUCAAUGCUGAUAGCAAUACUUAUAGGCGUCAGUAUUGUUCCGCUUUUAAAAGAAUCCAUUGGAAUUUUGAUGCAGCGAACUCCUCCUUCCUUGGAAAAUGUCCUGCCUCAGUGCUACCAGAGGGUGCAGCAGCUGCAAGGAGUUUACAGUUUACAUGAUCCACACUUUUGGACCCUCUGUACUGAUGUUUACAUAGGGACUUUGAAGUUACUAGUAGCUCCUGAUGCUGAUGGAAGGUGGAUUCUAAGCCAGACGCACAAUAUUUUUACUCAGGCAGGAGUGAGACAGCUUUACAUACAGAUCGAUGUUGCAGCCAUGUAGUGAAUUUCUGAAACUGUGCUGUUGGACCAAAGUUUUCUGUACUGUAACGGUGUAACAACGUGCUUCUUGAGACAGAGCCUGCCUCCACUGCUGCUCUGGAGUUGACUGAAAACAUUUCUGCCCUUGGGCCAUGGAUGGAGUUCACUUUGAAGGAGUAAAUAUUGAAUGAAUGUUCUGGACUUCAGGUCGUGUCUUUUUGUGGCCCCUAAACUUGUAAGUUUUUGAGGGUUUUUUACUUACUGAGAUUGUAGUACUGGAAACCCUGUCACGUCUUCAGUAAAGCUGCUGAAACCACUACUCAUUCCCAUAAAACCAGUGUUAUCAGCAAUUGGAAACUUGUUUUGUAGCUGAUGUCACAAUGGCUGACAUGCUUCAGUAUAAUUCUCUGUUUGUACAAUUGUUUGUACUUUGCAAACUUAAUGAAACAAACCAUAUUGGGUUUUCCAAGUGCCUUUUAUAUCAGGAGAGGUAUUUGCCAGCAUAAAUAUGGAGUAUCAAAGGGUUUUAUUACUUCUACGAAUAUCUUGUAUGCAGUGAGGUUAUUUACUAGUGAUGUAUGGGGGUUUGUGUACUCGCGUUGCUGUAGAUGUUAGACUUCUUCCCCUACACCUGCAUCCUCCCAGACAGACGGGAAAAUUCCAAAUGUAACAGGCAAAACUAUCGUGAAGAGGUUUGCUUCCAGAACAAGAUGGAGAUUUUGUUGCAUACACCUUAUGGAAAUUAUUUCAGUCAAAAUAUUUGGUCUAAGUCCAAUUCUUAGUCUCUUCAUUCUGUCGAGAGUGACGAGACAUUCCUUGAUGCUACACGUGUUCAUCGUCACUGAGAGAACAGGCAGCUGAGGGAAGGUGCUUGUGAGAGGGGCAAUGCUUGAAGCUUUUUAUCUUUCAAAUGAUGUGGUGGGAAAAAUUAAAUCCCUAAAUUGUUUGUGAAAGCUUAAAUCUUCUUGAUUUUAAUAGGUUCUAAUAAGUAAUUAGUGAGACAACUUUUGCCUUUCCAGAUACUGAAAAUAGUUGUACCUGGUGGUUGUACCUGAAAUGGAAAUGAGGACCAUGGUUCCUGCUGGUUGAUUUUGUUUCUUCCAGGUUGACAAGUCCAGUAUUUUUUACUAUCUUACUGUAGCCCUCUGUGUUUUCAUAGGGGAAAAAAGUUCCAUGUGGUCAGUUGUGUUUUCUCCAGAAACAUUCGUCUGUCAUGUUUUUCUAGUGUUUAUAAUCAUUUUACACUGUCAGAUCUGAGCAUUGUGUUCAAAGACAAUCUGCUCUGCAAGGCAUUACGGAUGCUGGUUCCACUGGGCUGUACUGGUUAACCUAGGGAAGAUUUUAUAAGAGUACAUUUUGCAAACGGAACAUUGUGGAUUAAAAAACCAAACCAGGCAUUUUGCUGAUAAAUCAUAGUAGCUCCCGACUGGUGGAGAUUUUACGUAUCCCUAAGGGCCUCUGAAGCUGACAGUGUCUGUGCAGUAGGUGCUGGGCACUGUGAAAGCACCGAGGAUUCCUUUGCAGAAAUGGUUUGCUUGCCACCAGUGAUGCAGAGAUGAAGUUCCUUGUGUUCAUUCUGUCAUUCCUCUGCAGCACCUGAAUUUUUAUCUGUCUUCAUGUGAACACACGACGGUUGCCACAUUGAUGGAUGGUUUCCAAGUUCUCCAGAGAAGAUGCUGAAACAGGAAUGUUGGAUCUGUACAAGGCUUGGGGCUGCACGCUUGUGCUUGGAACUGAAAGCUGGGUAUAAAGAAAAAUAGAAGUAAAAAGCCACAUGCACAGUGUGUUUAAGCUUUACAGUCUCUUCCAGCCUUCAGAUCUUUCUUUAUUGCUGUUGUUGGUUUCCAGUCUUGUUUGCUUCUCCCGGGGAUGCAGAGCGCCCUUCUGUCUGGCUGCACUGCUCCACGUCUCUUUCCUGGCUGCCUGCCCCCGACAGGCUCCCUCCGUCUCUCACCUUGCAGGUGCUCUGCCAGGCCUGGAGUUCCUGAUGGGAGAAUGGGAUUGGAGAGCUGCACAGAGGGGUGCAAGAAUCUGUUGAGCAGAUUCGAACAUUGCAGUUUAAGGUGCCGUCUGCAUAAAUGCUCACAGCAGAGGUAAUUAAAAUAGGGUUGGGAUUACAGGGCGGAGGUCCCUCAUACUGUUGAGUAUGUUGCAUACAGGCUGCUGCUUGUCUAUUGACAGCGUGAUUUCAUGAUUUUAUUUUUAAAUAGUCAGUUUGCUGCUGUUUAAGGCCAGACAUCAGCUGCUGUCGCUUUAAAGGCAAGUACCAGCCAACUUCAUUGCAGUUGUGUCCUGAUCCAAGAGCGGGCUUUGGUUUGUAUCAUUUUUAGACCCGCACCUUUUGGGACUGAGUGUUCCCAGACUUGCUGAAAUGCUGCAGAGCUGCCCAGGAUGCUGGGCUUGGCCACUGGCUUAGUUGUUUUUAAUGAAAAGAUGACUGCUGCAACUCGCUUCCAAGUGAGAAUCUGCCUGAGUGGCAGUUGGAUUUGGUGGUGGUGAUUGUUGUUUUUUUUUAAGAUGUGUGGCUACAAACUUUUUAAAUACGGGAAAUGGAGUGAAAAAGCCUGUUGACAGAUCAUUACACAAAUUUGAAUGGGUUUUGGACAUAUUUUUGUUGCUUAUGAGGACUUAUCUGACUGUUGAAGCGUACGUACAAGGCUGAGUUUUCUAACCAAGAUGGCACUUUCUUCAUUGUUUUAAGGACAACUUGAUGUUCUUAUACUAAGAAAUAUAUCAUUUGUUUGUUCGAUGUAAUUUGGGAUAGCAUAGGGAAGUCGGAUGGAAAUAGACUUUAAGCUUUCUUAGGCUUCCUGGAAAAGGAUAAGCAUACCAAUGUUCUACAAAAGACAGUAGAUGCCUCAUGCAGUUGGUAACCACAGUCUCACCUUGUGUGCCAGUAAACAGCUUUUUUUUUUUUCACCUACUAAGGGGACACCCGCUUAGGAAAGCAUAAAUCGUGCACUUGGGAGUUCAGCUUUUCCUAUCCUGAGAGUCAAAGCUCUGUUACUUUGAGUUUUGCUAAUUACCUAACACUGAGCCGAUUUAGAACACUUUACUUCUAACACUUUAUCAGAGAUGCAUCGCAUCAUCUAAACACAGUUUUGUGGGAGCGACUGACAUCCAGAGAUGGAUGAAUGUCUGCCGAUCACCUGCUAACACUCAGCUCCCUGGUGCCCGGUACUGAAUUUUGAAUCAAGUUUUCAAAGUAAGAUUUUUCUCCUGUUUUUGUGUAGCUGAAGCUUCCUGUGGUGUUGCUGCUCUGUCUGUGCAAGGCAUUUAUCUGUGACUGAAAACGGUAACUCACAAUUGUAUUGGCCCAAAGACCAAGCCUGCCAGCUGCACGGUUCUUUUGGGACCUACAGCACAACAACAUGACCAAUGCUACAGGGGGUCUGCAUUAAUCGAUGUUCAAUGUAGCAAAGACCAAGGGAAGAAAACUCCUCUGAGGAGGAUGCACGGUGAAGACUGGUCCCUCCGUAGGCCAGUCUAUACGUACAGACUUGUUCCUUACAUCAGCAGGGCUCCUGCGAGAGUGGUUACUUGUGUGGUUUGCUAAACUGAGGUGAAAAGUGCUGGUCCAAAUAAAUGACUCAGCUUUUAUGUAAUACUGCUUACUGAAACAAAAGUUUAAUUGCAUCAUUAGUAAGAGCUGCUGACACUAUCUUUUCAUAAAAAUGGUAACUGCUGCUACAAUAAAAUUGACCUUAGUGACUCCUAACAUCCUUAAUUUCUUUUCUGAAGAAGUCCAGCCGGGUUUGAAGGUGAGGGAAGGAAAGAGCAUCCCUUGUUGACUGUUGUAAGAGAACCUGUUUUGGAAAUGUAAACAAGAUACAAGAGGGGAGAGAAGCUGCUGCUGAACUGCAGUUUUCUGCCCUUUGCCCCCUCAGUGCAAUCAAACUGUGAAGUCCAUGGCUUUUCUCCCUCAGUGCAGAUUUCAGUGGCAGAAACCUUCAUGCUUCUAGAAAACACAAAUCCUAAUCAAUACUCAUGUAACGGGAUCUUUAAAUUCCAGUUCAGAGCAACAGCUUUAGUUCCCAAUUAAGCCUUGUUUCCCCAGCAGCCGUCAGACUGCCACUGGCUGUGAUUCUUUAUCAUGCCACCCCUUUUAAGCGUGUUUGGGAAUGAGCAUAGAGGGAUUGGCUUUGUUCUUGUUCUUUAUUUUUUAAUAAUCCAUUUCUCUGAUCCCUGGUGCUGCUUCUGGUUAAUUCCUCCUUUACACUUCUAUGAAAAUCCCUAUCUGCAGCCUGCCGGGAUUCCCUUUUGGAUUCCUCCCCCAUUCAGGCUUUGUUGCAGUGACCAGCUCUGUGGGACUUCACUGGCCAGAGACUGCUCUAAUGUGAAAAGGUGCCAGUUAAGCUUCUGCUGUGCCUGGCUGUGAAGGCUCCGUGUCUCGCUGUGUGCACAGACUGGUUAAUCUGCUCGUCUGUUCCAGCGAGCUACAAAAAGUUCCUGCCUGCCUGUGUGGUAAUUCGGCGGAAAUAAUGUGUAAAACGACUUGUGUAUUUCACUUCCCAUGUGCAUUGAAGAUUUUCAUGUGUAUGCUGGGAUCUUGUACAAGAGUUAAAUGAAUUGCUACAGCGUUUUGGCUGAAGUGUGAAAUAUUGUGAAUGAAGAAAUUGCCAAAAUCAUUCCUGGUAGCGUACAGCACAUUGCUCGCAUUCAGCAUACUGCUUGCCAUUACCUUCUAAAUGACAGGAAUUACUCCUAGCGGUGACCUGACGUUGAACAGCACGGUACAUCCAAAUACCUGUAACAAAAUCUUAACGGUAGCACAAGGCAGCUCACUACAAUUCUGUGGACUGUGUAUGAUUUUGGCCUGGAAUGCUGAUGUCAGUAGCUUCGCCAUGACUUGUCCCAAGUGCAAUAUUAGAAAUUUUUAAAGUAUUCUUUUCUACUUGAAUACGGUCUAUACAAAAUGUUAAAUGUCCUACAUUGCUGAAAAUAUAU